AUGUACCAAGAAUUCCGAAAAAACAUCAGAAACCUCAAAGGUCUCACAAUUCAAGAACUCCCUGAGUUCGUCGUGAAAGGCUUAGCAGACUCUCGCCCAUUAAGUACAAAACGAUGCCAGCACGAUUAUAGCUGUGAGACCAUAAAAAGAACAGGAGAUCUUCCAGAAUCUUUACUAGAAAAAUUAUAUCCAUUUCAACAAGAAGGCGUACAAUUUGCUUUACAACACUAUGGAAGAGUUCUUAUAGGCGAUGAAAUGGGUGUCGGAAAAACUAUACAAGGGGUAGCUAUAGCAGCUGCUUAUAGGGAUGAGUGGCCUGUCCUUGUAGUAUGCCCUGCUUCUAUUAAGCUAAAUUGGAGAGAUGAGUUUAUGAAAUGGAUCCCUGACCUAGAAAGAAAAGAUUUUUACCUUUUGCAAAGCAAAAGGACCAUGAAAAACUCUGCGAUUGUCUGGAUUGCGUCAUAUACGAUGGCCACUCAUUUAGAAACUUUUCUGAAUUCGAAGUAUUUUAAUGUGGUGAUUGCUGAUGAGUCUCAUUAUUUAAAAAACUACAACGCAAAAAGGACGAAAUGCUUGCUUCCUUUCCUGCAGAAAGCUAAAAGAGUGAUUUUGCUUACUCCCCCCAUCUUUGAUCGAACGAUUGACUGUAAAAAAUACCCAUCCUUGAUCGAACGAUUUUCAUAUCAUGCAAAUUUUUAUAUAUAUAUAAAAAUAUAUAAGUUAUCAAAAGCUUGGGAGAUGCGCCUAAUGAAGUUGUUGUCAGAGGCUUUGAGACGACAAAAAGCUACGGAACCAGCCACCCGAAGUACUUUAGUCAUCAACCUGGGCUUAAAAAAACUCAAUAGUCUAAAAAAUAGAGAUUCUUCAAAAUUUAAAAUUUUUAAUUCAGUAAGAAACAAAUUAAAAUUUUAUACAGUUUAAAGGGGCAACGAAAAAAUCAAAAUAUUAAAAAUUGGUAUAUAAAAUUAAUUCAAUUUUUGCUGUAAAAAUAAUUAUUAAAUACUCUUAACCCUCUUAUUUAAAAGUAUAUAAAAAAAAACCAUAUAUUUUUUAUUUUAUAUAUAAAUUUUUUUUUCCCAAAAAAUUGUUUUAAACCCCUCCCUUGAUCGAACGAUGGCGAGCCGUUCGAUCAAGGAUAGGGGGGAGUUAGUGGGACUCCUGUUAUGUCAAGGCCUGCUGAAUUGUUUACACAGCUUUCUUGCAUUAGGCCAGAUAUAUUUUACAGUUUCCGAGUUUUCGCUGAAAGGUAUUGUGACCCCAAAAUAUUAUUUACUCAUACAGACUAUUCAGGGGCUUCUAAUAUAAAAGAACUCCAUACUUUAUUAUCAAACACCGUCAUGAUCCGUCGGCUUAAAUCUGAUGUUUUGCGUCAACUCCCUGCCAAGCUACGUCAAAAAGUCGAAAUCCCGGUCGUUAACGAACACUGCAGAAGCAUUAGAAAACUUUAUUAUGAAGUCAAAAGAAAGAAAAAUUAUUUCAGAGAGGUCAACCAAGAUGUAUGUGGACUAGAAGCUGAAGCAGCUGCCAAGAAAAUGGAAAGCGACAUGUUUAUGUCAAGAGCUUACAGUUUGACUGCUAAAGCUAAAAUGAAAGGGGUAUGCGAGUAUGUAAGUUAUUUAAUCCAAAGUGACUGCAAGUUCAUUAUAUUUGGACAUCAUAUUGAUAUGCUUGAUAUGAUUGAAGAACAAACCAUAAGGGAAAAAGUUAAAUAUAUAAGGAUAGAUGGCAGCACCUCACAGGAGCAUAGGUAUAAAGGUGUAGAAGCGUUUCAAACAAUGACAGAUUGUAGGGUAGCUAUUUUAGGGAUUUUGGCUGCUGGACAAGGUAUCACGCUAACGGCAGCUUCUACUGUGGUGAUGGCUGAAAUGUCGUGGACUCCUGGAGUCAUGAUCCAAGCUGAAGACAGAGCGCACAGAAUUGGCCAAGAAAAAUCAGUCAACAUUCACUAUUUAUUCGGCCCAGGAACGCUUGACGAGUACAUCUGGCCUAAAAUCCAGCACAAGCUUUCAGUCAUAUCUGGAGCUCUCGACAACAAUAAAAACACGGCUUUAGACAGCUUAAUAAACCCUGAAAAUAGGCUCGGCAUGGGUGAUUUUGACGCUUUUAUAGACUCAGAAAUCCCAGAAGACCUUUUUCAAGACGAAAUCGGCGAAAAAAGAACACACGGCGACAUAGAAAGUGACGAGGAAGAAGAAGACGUCGAAGAGCCCACUGGAAAAUGCGACAUUGAAGAAUUUGAUGAAUAA